AUGGAACGAAAGACGGAGGUGGAAAUCUUGAUUCACAUCGAUGCGCCAAGCAGGGCAGUCGAUGACACUAGAUACCGCUCUCUCGCAGAUUCAUACCUGAAUUUCGAGCCUGCUGGUCGCGUCGAUUUCCUCACCCAGCUUCCUUCGAGUCUAGGCAGCAACCAUGAUACUACAUGCGAGCCUCAGGGUCAACGGGCUUCUCAGCAAGACCCAGUGCCAGUACAAAGCCUAUUAUCCUCGAGUCUACCAUUGAGUGAGCUCAUUGGUAGUCUGAAAUCCCCUCAGGCCUCAUUCCAAAGUGUUCUGGACAAUGGGGAGUCGCCUCGGGUUGUCACGAGGUACGCGCCUGAGGAAGAAUCGGCCAGCAAUUUCGAGGGGGAGACAAUGCUCUUGACCCAGUCCCCAGGGAACUCACCCUCUAGCGUCGUACAAGAUUCUUACCAAGGAGAGUACGCUACUAGGAUUGCCAACCUCACCUCGCCUACACGGGUAUUAGAGUACUACCUGCAGGAGUUUGAGUCAACAUCUCCUGAGACUACUUCUCAACCAAGUCACAACCGCGCUUCUCACGGUGAACCUUCCCCAAGCCUCGCAAAUUCUAGUUCAAGGGACAAAAUUACUGCGCCGUUGGUUUCCAGUACGCCGCCAAUCGUUCCUUGUACACCACCGUGUAAUCUCUCUUCUACGUCCGCGGCACAACACGGGAAGAAUAUGGAGAAUCAACUACAGGUCCCACAAAGUCAACACGACCCAAGUAGUGACAUCAUCGUAGAGGAAAGCAUGAUAGAAUCAUUCUCGUCCAACCUAUCCUCCCAUGCCCGGGCGGACUCCGAACCACUACCGGACAAGCUACCACAGCCAACCACAGCCGACGAAAGCCCCCGAACAGCUCUACAAAGAUCCGCGAGUGACAUUGGCCCAAGGACCUCCGCCGCCGCCGAGCAGACGCCGGCCGGACUGACGGUCACCUUCCUCCCUGAACACGGCUACACCUACGACACCCUCGAGCUCUACGCCCCCGAGCCCCCCGUCUCCAUGGCCGAGAUCCAGCCCUCGGACCUCAUCACCCCCGGCCUCGCCCGCCUGGACCAAGACCUCGUCAUCUCCCGCCGCUACAAGCCCGCGUCGCAGCAGCGGCCCCUCGAGCCCUUCGAGCGCGGCCACUGGCGCGUCGACUGCACCGCCUGGGACCCCCGCCUCAAGCGCGACGCCUGGGCCUACCUCGCCAACUACGUCGGCACCGGCGUCGCCGGCUGGAGCAUCUGGUGCGUCCGCGACCCCGACUUCCGCCGCUUCCGCAUCUUCUGCUGGGGCGUCGUCGUCCCCCACAUCUACCUGCUGCUCUACCUCGCUAGCCAGCGCCGCGUCUUGUAUACCGGAUGCUCUUGGGUCGGCGCUGGGGGGGAGGUGGUUGUUGUUAUGGGGACGAGGAGUUAG